AUGAUGGAAGAGUCUUUGGAGGUCAAUGUCUUCCACUGCAGCGCUGUGAUCAGCGCGUGUGAGAAAAGCGGAAACUGGCGGCUGUCUUUGGCUCUUUUGGCGCAGAUGUCCGAAUUAAAGAUCGUUCCGAAUCAAAUCAGCUACAGCGCCGCCGCGACGACCUGUGCGAAGGGCAAUUGGCCUGCUGCACUGCUCCUUAUCUACAGCAUGGCGGGAAGGCGAUUGCCACCCGACCAGGUGAGCUGGAAUGCUGCGAUCGAUGCUUGCCGUGCUGCUGAUUGGCAGCUUGCAGUGCACAUGCUCUUCGACAUGCCCAGGACCCGCGUGGCACAAGAUUCGGUCAGCUUCGGUUCUGCGAUCAGCGCUUGUGAAAGAGGCAGUGCUUGGGAGAUGGUGCUGCAGCUGCUCGCCAUGAUGAAGCAAGUUAAGGUGAGGUUGAAUGACAUCAGCUGCUCUGCUGCCAUCAGUGCCUGUGGACACAAAGGCCACCAGUGGAGGGUGGCGCUAGUUUUGUUUGAGAAGAUGCUGGCAUCGCAUGAGGCUGUUACGCCCGACAGAUUCGUGUGGAAUUCCGUGGUCGCAGCCUGCGAGACGAGCUCAGAGUGGAUCAUGGCUUUGGCGAUUCUCGAAACAAUGGUGGCUCGUGCAGUUCUUCCGGACGUCGCUACAUGCACCUCCUGCAUCAAUGCUUGCAACAGCCGUAAGCACAGAAGUUGGCCGCAAGUGGUGGCACUCUUCGAUGAGAUGUCUGCCAGACUUGCCAUUUUGCCGAACAUUGUCACAUAUUCCGCGGCCAUCACGGCUGCUUCAAACGGGCUUCAGCACAUAUCCACCUUGCAGCUUCUUCUUGCUGUAGAUCACAUGGCUUGGACUCUGAUACGGACGUGA